ACAUAGAGCACACCAGGGUAAUCAAAAAAAGCUUCUUCUAGCCAGAUAGAUAUUACCUUUUGCUGCGGCCUGGUCGGAUUUAAAACGUUUUUCUGGUUUUAAAAUAAAAAAUAAUCGUUCGUAGUACGUCAAAAAAAUUAAUUAAAAUUUCGAUUGAAUGUUUAAUUCGAGUUGCAGUAAAUAAAAAAUACCUGGGAAAUAUAUAAGAUAUAAUAAAUAUAUACAUGUAUAUACAUAUAUCUAUGAAACAGAAAAAAAAAGGAAGAAGUUUCCAUAAGUAGUAGGGGGAAUUCAAAAGUGGGUCAAAACAUAUAUGAAAAUUUUAAAAGAAAGAAAAAUACCAUUUAAAUUCGGCUAUCGGAAAAAAAAAUUCUAAAAAAAUAAAAAAAAAAAUUAAAUUUUAUUGCACACGGCUUUUAAUUUUCCUUAAUUUUUACAAGAGCAUUGAGCGCUUUUCCAAUUUGAAAAUUUUAUUUCAUAAAAUUUACAAAAUUAAAAAAAUAUUUGAAACCAAAAAAAUGUAAAGAAAACACAAAGUUUCUUAAACACUAAAAAAAAGUGUGUACCCCAGUUUCAAAAAAUCAAAAAAAAAAAGAAAUUUAAUUGUGAAAAAAAAAAAAUUUUAAAUUUAAAAAAAUCAAAAAAUUGUAAUCAACGCUUUUUCCAAUUGUUAAAGUUCGUAACCAUUAAAUAGAAAAAGUGUGUUUUCGAAAAAUUUAUUAAAAAUUUUAAAUUUUAUUAAAAAAAAAGAAUUAAAUAUUACUGUUAAAUAAAAAAAUAAAAAAAUAUAAUUAAAUUUUUUUAAUAUUAAAAAAAAAAUAAAAAAAAGUGAUUGCAAUAUAAAAUAAAAAAAGAGAGGACAGUGGCGUCUUCAGAGGGUAAUCAAGGUGCACCUGCCAGUGCUGCUGGUACUGGUAAUCAAAAUACAACUGGUGGUACAUCGACUGGUGAAUCCGGAGCCCUGUUUUCAAAACUAAGUGGAACAUUAUUAUCGGGCCCAAAUUCACCUAGACGUGUGGUUUCAAAUAUUCGUGGAUUUUUAUCAAAACGUAUUGAAAGUGUUACUAUCCCUGACACAGGUUGUCUAUUGGUUGGCAGACAGACCAUCGCUGAAGCAAAAUAGGAUGAGUAGUCAUAAUUGUUACCUCUAUGAACAUAUCAUCAUUUAUUAAUAAUAUAAUCAACAAUAUUUAAUUAUAAAGAAAAGCAUUAAAAUUGAUUAUAACAGAAUUAAUUCGAAGCAACUGUGAAUUGAAACAAAACCAGCAAGGAUAUAUCUAUAAAAAAGAAAUCAUAAAAACAAAAAAACAAAAAUAUGAAGGAUUGACAAAAUCAUAUUUCCCAAAGAAAUAUUAUAUUGUAUAUUUAAAAAGUGUGAUAUUUUUGAUUUGUAUAUAAAUAUGAAAAUCUUUUAGUAAUUAUAAAAAAAAAUAUACAAAAAAAAAAACAAAUUGCAUACAAAAAAUAAAAAGUAGCUGAAAAACAAAUCAAGAAAACAAAUUAAAAAACAGAAAACUGUUAUACAAAAAUUUUUGUUAAAAAUGUUAAAAUUUUAAUUUUUGUAGAAAUAAUUCCAACUUUUCCGUUCAAGUUUUAGUUUUUUUUUUCGUAGUUACUUACAAAAGUAGAAAUUAAAUAAAAUCCCAGCAUGCAGAAUUCACAAUGAACAUUAUCAAAUUUAUUAAAGAUAAUUUUUAAAGUUUAAAGACAAGCUGAAGUUUAACCAAGUAAAAAAGAAUAAAAGAAGCACGAAAAAAUCCUCAAUUCUUUUUAAAAAUAUUUAUAAAACAAAAAAGUAAUUAAAUUUUUUACGUCGCAUGUUAGUAACACAUUUAUCAUUCUGCAUUCAAUUAUUUACAACAUUAAAAAAAAAAUUAAAAUCAAAUUAUAAAAUUCAAUCAUUUAAUUUUAGUACUAACAACAAGUUAUAUAAUACCUGUAUUUAAAUUUAUUUUAAUUUUGUGUUGAUUAAUCCCACUACCUGCAACACCUAUAAUCAUUAAAUAACAACAGCAAAAAAUUAAAAUCAAAGUUUAAAAAAAAAAACAUUAUUUCAAAAUGUCCUUCACCAUACCAGUUAUAAAUUUAACGUUUAGUGAGGUUAAGGGGAUAAUAUGGGAGAAAAUUCAAGAACCAAUUUAUCAACGUCGUUUAGUUUUAAUUAUAGUAUCAAUAGCAUUACUUCUUGAUAAUAUGUUAUAUAUGGUUAUAGUGCCUAUAAUACCCGAUUAUUUACAAUAUAUCGCAUCAUUAGAUGAUAAUGGUGAUCCAAUACCGACACCACCACCACCACGUUUUCCAAAUGGUACAUUAAUACCAAAAGAUCCAAAUCAUCAUGAUCAUCAUGGUCAAGAUUCAGCAACUGGUAUAUUAUUUGCUUCAAAAGCAAUAGUACAAUUAAUGGUUAAUCCAUUUUCGGGCGCUUUAAUUGAUCGUAUAGGUUAUGAUAUACCAAUGAUGAUCGGUCUGACUAUCAUGUUCUUUUCAACGGCUGUAUUUGCCUGCGGUAAAUCAUAUAGUGUAUUAUUUUUUGCAAGAUCAUUGCAAGGUGCAGGCUCAGCUUUUGCGGAUACAUCCGGUUUAGCCAUGAUUGCAGAUCGUUUCACAGAAGAAAAUGAACGCUCAAAAGCGCUUGGUAUAGCACUAGCAUUUAUUAGUUUUGGUUGUUUAGUAGCACCACCAUUUGGUGGUGCUUUAUAUCAAUUUGCUGGCAAAGAAGUUCCAUUUUUAAUAUUAGCAUUUGUUUGCUUAAUUGAUGGAACUUUAUUGCUUUUAGUAAUGAAACCGAUUAAACAACAAUUAAGUGAAAGUAGAGAAGUACAACAAGAAACGAUACCAAUAUGGAAAUUAUUAAUGGAUCCAUAUAUUGCAGUAUGUGCGGGUGCUUUAACUAUGUCAAACGUGGCAUUAGCUUUUAUUGAACCAACAAUAUCAUUGUGGAUGGAAGAUACAAUGACAACAGAUAAUUGGAAAAUUGGUAUGAUUUGGUUACCAGCCUUUUUCCCACAUGUAUUUGGUGUUGUGAUAACAGUUAAAAUGGCCAGAGAAUAUCCUCAUCAUCAAUGGCUGAUGGCUGCUGGAGGUUUAGCUUUAGAAGGAUUAUGUUGCUUUAUAAUACCAUUUUCUUCAUCUUAUAAAGUCUUAAUGAUACCAAUAUGUGGUAUAUGCUUUGGUAUAGCAUUAAUUGAUACUGCAUUACUGCCAACAUUAGGUUAUCUAGUCGAUGUUCGUUAUGUUUCAGUUUAUGGUAGCAUUUAUGCCAUUGCUGACAUAUCAUAUUCAAUUGCUUAUGCUGUAGGACCUAUUAUAGCUGGUGGAGUUGUAGAACUAAUUGGAUUUACAGCUCUUAAUUUUAUAAUCGCAUUCACAAAUUUGCUGUAUGUUCCCGUCCUUGGUAAACUUAGAAACAUUUACGAUUUCAAACCAUUUGAAUCUGAAGCAAAUAUAUUAAUGUCAGAUCCACCUAAAAAGGAAUAUCAAACUUACUCAAUGCAAGAUCAACAACCGAUUGAUGGUGAUUUCAAAAAUCAUUUAGAAUACGGUUACCAACAACAGCAAGACGGUGCAGGUGUUGCAGAAACAAAUGUCGAUAACGAACAAUAUAAUCAACAGCAACAAUAUCAAUAUCAAGGUGGUUAUCAGCAACAGCAACAAUAUCAGCCCGGUUAUCAAGAACAAGGUGGUAUUUAUCAGCAACAGCAACAACAAGAUCAACAACGACAUCUUCCUCCAUCUUCACAACAACAAGCUAAUCCAUUUAGACAUGGUGCACCGCAAGUUCAACCACAAGGCGGUGGAUUUCAACAACAAGAUAGUGGUGCUGGUGGUAGGGUAUCGAAUCCAUUUAGAUCUGGCACAGGAUUUUAAAUAUACAUAAAUAGAAAUUCAUCGUUCUCACAAUCACUGUCACGAACAUCAUUAGCAUCGAAGCCAUUAUUUAUUAAAUCUUACUAUAUUGUUAAUAUUUUAAAUUACUUUGUUAUAAUAUUGUUUAUAAUAUUUUGUUUAGAACUAUUAGUAAUGUUAUUUUCAAUAUUUAUUUUUGUAAUUAUCGACUCGCAUUAUGAAUAACUAUACUAUCAAAAAAAUUACAAAUAUUAUACAUACCUAUAUCACAUUACAUAUUUUAUUACUAUACAUUAAAACCAAAAUUUAAAUAAGCAAAAUGGAUUAUUCGCAAAAAAAAAUAGGAUAUUAUGACGUCAUCACAAAAUUUGUAAAUUUUGUUUUGGCGAUUGUAUAUUAAAUAAUGUAGAAUCAAUUAUUAAUACAUGAACACACACAUAUACAUAUGUUACUAUAAUUAAUUAUUAGUUAUGUAGUAGAAAUUCUUAAAAAAUAAUUAAAAUGAAGAGAAAUAAGCAAAAUAUUUUUUAAUUUGUUAAUUUAUGAAAUUUAUGUACAAAUUUUAACGUUUUUAAACAAAUGAAAAAAGCAAAACUCCUAGUCAAAUUAAAUUAAUUAAAAUUAUAAAAAUUGCAAUUAAAAAAGUUUCAAAAAUCAAUCUCAAUAUUUAAUGUUGAGAAUUUGAAUAAAAUGAAAUUGCAAUCUAUAUGUGUACAGUAAAACAAAAAAUGAAGCGUUAAUUUAAAUUUUUAAAGAAUAAUUGUGGUUUAACUAAAAUUCCUUUGUAGACCUAAAAAUAUUAUUAAUUUCAUAGAAAAAUUAAAAUUCCAUAAGAAAACU